AUGUUCCUUCAGCUCGACCUUUGCAGCGAGGACAAGUUCACCUUGGCCAUGACUGUACUUGACCAAGCCCUUGGUUAUCUCUCCAAUGGUGCCAACACGAGUCUUCAGGAGUAUUUCCGUACAGAUGACGAUGCGAAGACACUCCUAUCUGACAUAUAUGGCCAACAAGGAGUCUGUCAACAGUCACUGGGGAAUAUAGAUCGGGCGAUCCAUUGCUAUAGUCGAGCUGUCGAGGUAGAUGCCGAUGCACACGCAUGCCAUGCCAACCUAGCUGUUCUUCUCCUCUCGAUGGUCUCGCCGCAGGGCAACGAUGAUAGCCUCCUGAAACGGGCUAAGGAGCAUCUCAAUCGGGCUGUGGAGCUCGAUCCGAGCAAUUCCGAGUAG